AAACACAGAACCGCGCAUGCGCGGCAGCCGUGUUAGUGAGACGGCUCUGAUGCAGCCAAGUUGCAUAGAAGAGAGAGUUGUGGCAGGUGCAGCUGUCAUGUAAUAACACCCACUGAAAUCUGCACCCACUGAAGUUAUCUCUUUUGCCAAGUAUUCCAGCUUCAGUGUUUCAACAUGGAGCCCCGGCAGCCAGUGCCUUCGCAACCCGAACAGAAUUUUGUCCGAGAUGCCAAGCAGAACAUGGCCGAGCUCUCUCUCUGGACGGUGGUGGCUGCAAUCCAAGCCGUCGAGAGGAAGGUGGAUUCUCACGCCACACGGCUGCUGAACCUGGAACGGCGGAUGGUGACCAACGAAAAGAAAUACGUGGACUGUGAGAAUGCCGUGGUGGACUUUGGCAACCAGAUGGAGUGCAAGUUGACUGCUCUGGGGACGCUGAUUCAGGAGUACGGGCUGCUGCAGAGGAGGCUAGAGAACAUGGAGAACCUGCUGAAGAAUCAGAACUUCUGGAUCCUGAGGCUCCCUCCAGGCUCCAAAGGGGAAACCCCCAAGGUGCCGGUGACCUUUGAGGACAACUCCGUCUACUUCUCGGAGCAGGAAUGGGGGAACCUGGAUGAAUGGCAGAAGGACCUCUACAAGAACAUGAUGAAGAGCAACUACGAGUCGUUGGUCUCACUGGACUAUGCAAUUGCUAAACCUGACCUUCUGUCCCGGAUUGAGCAAGGUGAACGUCCCUGUGCAGAGGAAGAGGAGGUCCCUAAGGAGAAAGAGAUUUCUUCGGAGCCCAGCCCAGAAGCCUUGGUUUUUAGGCCUGGCCUGGCCUGCCAGAUGGAAGGGAGAGAAAACGCACAUGUCAUGGGAGACCAGGAGAAAGCAGAAGGAAGGGCAGCCCCGAGCGACCACAGCGUUGACUAUGGGGCUGCCGGGUCCUCCUUUGGCACUCCAGGGAAGCGGGAGCAAGAGGUGAACCUCGAGGGCCCGGAGGGCACGGAGGAAGGCGAGCUGCGCAUCAAGCCUCGCGCUGAUGACGGGCUGGCCUUCAAAGCAGAGGUCCUGCAGGCCCAGAAAGCGCUGUGCGAGAGCUUGGGGCUGCAGUGCACCGAAGACGCCGCCCUCCACGGCCCCCACCCAGGGACUGCCUCCCUCGGGAGCCGCUACAGCACCCUGAUGCACCAGCGGAGGCACCCGGAGAGCCAGGCGGAUGAGGCCCUUCCCGGAGAGGGCAGCUUUGGCGGCGGCGGCAGCCCCAUGGCGGGGUUCCAGCGCGAGAGGCCGGGGGAGAAACUGUUUGUGUGCCCCGAGUGCGGGAAAAGCUUCCGGCUGCACAAGAGUUUGCUGAUCCACCAGCAGAGCCACGCGGCGGGCGGAGGCUACCGGCCGCAGUGCGAGAAGAGCUUCACCUACAAGCAGCAGUUCACCCUACACCAGCGCAUCCACACCGGGGGCGGCGCCUACACGUCGGUGGCCUGCGAGGAGACCUUCAAGCAGAGCCACAACCUGAAGGCCCUCCCCAGGGUGCCGGCCGGGGAGAAGCCGUACGGAAGCAGCACCAAGUGCGUGAAGACUUUCAACCUCAAGUCGUCCUACCGGCAGCACCCGAAGGGGCACGGGCGGGAGAGACCCUACAAGUGCAGCCGCUGCCCCGAGAGCUUCUCGCAGAAGAAGAGCCUGGUCACCCACCAGCGGCUGCACUCGGGGCGGGGCGGCGGCAGCUCCUUGGCCUGCCUCUACUGCGGCAAGAACUUCAGCCACCCCUCGGACCUGGUGCGGCACCAGCGCAUCCACACCGGGGAGAGGCCCUACCGGUGCGGGGAGUGCGAGAAGAGCUUCACCCAGAAGCAGCAUUUGCUGCAGCACCAGAAGAUCCACCUGCGGGAGCAGAACCGGCUGAUGGGGACGGCCGUCCGGGAGGCCCUGCUGGACGCCAUCUUCAUCUAGCAGCCCCCUCCCACCGUCACAGGGGCUUCCUCCCAGGGAGGGGGGGGGAAGAAGGGCAGGGAGGGAGGGGGUGGAGAAAUAGACUGUUACCUCAGAAACUGGGCCCCCGGGGCUGCGAGGGGGCUUCUCUGCGACCUCCCUCCUAGCCUGGAGUUUAGGGUCCUGUAGACUGUCGGGUACUCGAUAGGACCUUUUUUUCUUUUAAGGGUGACUAGAGAUUGUUCAUAGUUGCUGAAGAAAAAACAGUGCCGUUGGUAGUAAGGAAAAAUGCUUCUGGGAUUGUCUUUUCUGUCUCGUUCGGAGUGUACCAUACUGUAGCUGCCCCUUCCCACUAUCUCCUUCCCACCCCCCGGUUGCCAGAGGGACAUUUUCACUUCAUCAUAACUCAAGACAGAUGACUGUUGGCCCAGAGAUGGCGCACCCUUUCACCUUUUUCUGUAAACACCGAUUUCUCAAAACCAAACACUUUUAUAUACU